AUGUUAAAUACAAUCCAAAAUUACGCCAUUCGUUUAACUUUAGGUGCAUUUAAAAGUAGCCCAGUCACAAGCUUACUUUGCAUGGCUGGCGAACCACCCCUCUCAUUAAGAAGAAAACAUCUCGAAACCAAGUACAUAAUAAAAAUGUCCAAACAUCAAGAUAAUCCCGUAUACAAUAAAAUCAUAAAAAAAACCUUUCAGGUACAGCCAAUAAUUGCAUCUCAUUUCAAUCCACUAUAUGAAAGACAACAAGAUUUUAUUAAAAAAAACGAAACUACCAUCAAUAAUAUAAUCCAAAACACAGAAUUAAAGCUACCUCCUUGGAGAUUUAAUAGAAAUAUAAUAGACCUAAGCUUAUCAUUUCACAACAAAAACACUACGGAAAAAAAAAAAAAAAAACAUUUAUAA